AUGAAGCAGCAAAAGCUGGAUCAAGCUUUGAGGGCAUUGUUCCUCUUCACCCAGCUGCUGUGGCAUAGUGGUGAGGGCAAAUGUCUUGAUAAUGACCCUUUGAUCAAUGUAAUGAUACUGAGUGACUCUGAUGUUCCAGUAAGCUCAAAAAACAUUAAGCCAGCUGUUGACCUGGGCGUGGAGCUGGUGAAGUCCAUUCUGAAAGAGAACAACAUAAACGUGAAUGUCAAUGCUACACUUGAUGGAAUCGAGGACACGUCACUUUACGUCUCAGACGGCUGCCGCACUAGCACUUGCGAAGGUGUGGAAAUCAUCAGAAAACUUUAUAAUAAUGGUGAUCUUGGAUGUGCUGUCCUGGGUCCCACAUGCACCUAUGCCACGUACCAGAUGGUCUCAGUAGAGACUGUGUUAGGUCUCCCCGUCAUCUCUGCUGGGAGUUUUGGGCUGUCUUGUGACUUCAAAGAGUAUUUAACACGGAUAUUGACUCCAGCCAGGAAACUAAGCUACUUCUUGAUUGAUUUCUGGGGAAAUAAAGGAUUAUUAUUCAAGGAUGUCCCUUGGGAAACUACUUACAUUUAUAAGAAGCUUAACAACACUGAAGACUGCUUCUGGUAUAUGAAUGCCUUAGAAGCUGACGUGACAUUUUUCUCUCUAAACAUCAAAUACAAGGAGAUCAUAAGGACACAAGAAUACCUACAGGACAUUGUGAAGGACUCAAAUCGGAAAAGCAAUGUGAUCAUCAUGUGUGGUACUCCACAUGAUAUUGAGAUAGCCCUAGGAGGUGUAGCGAUGGAUGAGGAUAUUGUUGUCAUCCUGAUAGAUCUUCACAGUAAUGAAUACCAUGAAAAUGCGAACUCAGCUGAAUACAUGAAGCAAGUCCUUGUCCUGUCUCUGGCACCAACAAACAAUAGUGCAGUUUCAAACUAUAGUGGGAUUCCUGUUGAUCCUGCUAAUCUCUAUCUGCUAGAUGAUGACUUCAUUGUUGGCUAUUUGGAUGCUGUUUUGCUCUUUGGCCAUGUUUUGAGAAAACUUUUUUUGGAAAAAAUACCAAUAGACUCUCUUGAAUUUAUUAAGCAAUUCCGGAAUAUCACUUUUCAAGGCAUUCUUGGUCCUGUAAUCUUGGAUGAAUAUGGAGACAUCGAUGUCAAUUUCACAAUUUUUUAUACAUCAAUCGGUGAACCUAAAUAUAAGAUCCUCUUGCGAUAUGACACACAUACGAAUAGGACAGUAACAGGAAAAGAAAAACCUAAUUUCAUAUGGAAAAGAAGUAUGCUGCCUAAUGAUAUUCCCAGUACUGGCCCAUCCGUUCUGACUAUAGCUGUUUUCACUCUUACUGGGAUAGUGGUGCUGGUUCUGAUCAUCGCUCUGCUGGUGCUGAGGAAGUACAGGAGAGCUAAUGAACUCCGGCUGAAGAGAUGGUCCCACAUCCCACAUGACAAGAUACUGCCUUUGGAGACCAAUGAGACAAGUCAUGUCAGUUUGAAGAUUGAUGACGACAAAAGGCGUAGUACUGCCCAGAGGCUGCGUCAAGGCAAAUAUGACAAGAAGGUGAUCAUUUUAAAGGAUUUCAAAUCCAGUGAUGGGAAUUUUACAGAGAGACAGAAGAUAGACCUAAACAAGCUCCUUCAAAUUGACUAUUACAACCUGACGAAGUUCUAUGGAACAGUCAAGAUGGAUACCAUGAUCUAUGGAGUAAUUGAGUACUGUGAGAGAGGAUCAUUGCGGGAUGUCUUAAAUGAUAAAAUCUCCUAUCCUGAUGUCACUUUCAUGGAUUGGGAAUUUAAAAUUUCUGUUAUGUAUGAUAUUGCCAAGGGGAUGUCCUACCUGCAUUCAAGCAAAACCGAGCUCCAUGGGCGCCUGAAAUCUACAAACUGUGUUGUUGAUAGCCGCAUGGUGGUGAAGAUCACUGAUUUUGGCUGCAAUUCUAUUCUGCCACCAAAAAAAGAUCUCUGGACUGCUCCCGAACACCUCCGUCAUGGUGGAGUUUCUCAGAAAGGUGAUGUGUACAGCUAUGGAAUUAUAGCACAGGAGAUCAUACUUCGUAAAGAAACUUUCUACACUAACAAUUGCCGGGAUCAUAAAGAAAAACUCUACAGAGUAGAAAGCGGCAAGGGACAAAGACCAUUCCGACCAGAUCUUUUGCUGGAGACUGAGGGAGAAAAGGAACAGGAAGUAUAUCUUCUUGUGAAAAGCUGCUGGGAGGAAGAUCCAGAGAGGAGGCCAGAUUUCAAGAAAAUUGAAACUACUCUUGCAAAGAUAUUUGGCAACUAUCACAGCCAAACCAAUGAAAGCUACAUGGACACUUUAAUCCGACGUCUACAGCUAUAUUCAAGAAAUCUGGAGCAUUUAGUGGAAGAGAGGACCAAACUUUACAAAGCAGAACGAGACAGAGCAGACAGACUUAACUUCAUGCUUCUCCCAGGUCCUGUGGUAAAGUCUUUGAAAGAAACUGGAUUGGUAGAGCCAGAACUCUUUGAAGAAGUCACAAUUUACUUCAGUGACAUUGUGGGGUUCACAACAAUCUGUAAAUACAGCACUCCAAUGGAAGUGGUAGACAUGCUUAAUGAUAUCUACAAGAAUUUUGAUCACAUUCUUGACCAUCAUGAUGUUUACAAGGUGGAAACCAUUGGAGAUGCAUACAUGGUAGUGAGUGGUUUACCAAGGAGAAAUGGCAACUGUCAUGCAGUGGAUAUUUCAAAAAUGGCACUGGAUAUAUUGAGCUUUGUGGGCUCCUUUGAGCUUCAACAUCUUCCAGGGCUUCCUAUAUGGAUUCGAAUUGGAAUUCACUCUGGUCCAUGUGCUGCUGGUGUGGUUGGAAUUAAAAUGCCUCGUUAUUGUUUGUUUGGAGAUACAGUGAACACAGCUUCGAGAAUGGAAUCUACAGGUUCACCUCUAAGAAUUCAUGUAAGUGGUUCUACUAUUGCUAUCCUCAAGAGGACAGACUGUCAAUUCCAGUAUGAAAAGAGAGGAGAGACGUAUCUGAAGGGCAAAGGAACUGAGAUUACUUACUGGCUGACAGGCAUGAAGGACCAGCAGUAUAAUCUCCCAACACCACCUUCUGUGGAGAAUCAGCAACGUUUGCAGGCUGAAUUUGCUGAAAUGAUAACACACUCUCUUCAGAAAAGGGAAACAGAAGGAUUCCAGGAGCGAGAGAUUUCACGCAUGUCUUCUUACAGAAAAGGCACUUUGGAAUAUCUGCAACUGGCUACUACAAAAUGCUCUAGCACCUACUUGUAAAAUAGCAUAAGGACAUAAUUAAAGAAUCCCCAAAAGUUAAAAAAGUAACCAGAUGUCACAUAGACUCCAUGUAUUUGCAGUAUUUGUUAAGAAAAGGAACAUGUUUCUUUUUCCCUCUGUCACAUGGGCAAAUACAGAUUUCCAAAUGUAAGAUGUUUCUUAUUAUCUAAUUAGGGACUUUGUUGAUGCAUUGGUUUUUUUACAGCAUAAAAGACACAAUCAGAGGGCGUUCAUGUGACAGCCCCUCCACAUCCAGUUUCUGGGUCGAAAUUGGAGUCAAAUGAGAUCAACGAAGAAUCACAUGUACAAAAUAUUCCCCCCUUCCAAAACUUUUUAAAGCACUUUGCACGGCACAAAUUGUGCUGAUUCCUGCUUUGCAAUGGCCUUCACUUAAAUGGAGGCAGUUGGUAGAAAGGAGGUCUGGUGAAGUUAAUACAGACUUCAUCCCUACAUAUCUCUUAUAAGUCAUUUUGAGCAUACCAACGAGUAUUUUAUAUAAAUUAGUAAAUAAGGGAGAGAACAAGCUUUUUAAACUAUUCCUGUUUAAAAUUGUCUGCCCAUGCCCUUGAUUCUCAUAGGUGUAUGUGUAGGUAAGGAUUUUUGUAUUGCAAACACCCUGUUCCCUAUUCGUAAAAAUACCUCUAAAAUAUUUGUUAUUUAAAAUAUGUUGAUCUGGUAUCCAUUUUUGUAAUUUAAGGCUUUAAUUGCCAUGUCUUAUUUUAUAUUUGUUUGGAAAUGUGUAUUACUGUAUUUGAAGGUGAA